AAACAGAGCAUAGGGGAAAGAGCAACCCAGAAUUGAAGAGGUUGCUCCAAACGCUCACCGCAUGAAGGAGGAGAGCAGAGGACGACAAACGGAGACGCAAAGGCAUCGCAAACGCAUUUCCCUUCGACUCGCAGAGCGCACGGAUCGAUCUCUUCGCUCCCGAAACCAAAGCCGGCAGCAGAAGAAGACGACCCACCAAGAGCGCUCCUCAGUACUCGCUGCAGGGCUGCGAACCCAGAAGGGACGCGGUCACCGAAGUAUUUUUUUGAAGCUGGUUACUCAGUUCCAAUGGCCAAUGAUACUCAAUUUUCAGGUUUUCAGCCUCUACAGCCUCCUGUAGUUGGUUCUGCAGAUCCUCCAAGGAAUUUUACUCAGCCAGCGCCUGUUCAACCUUGGCCAGCGCUUCCGCCUCAGCAACCACAGCAGUUUGUUUCAACAGUACCUCAACAUUUUCAGACUCCUAGCCAUGGUACCGUACUCAUGAAUAUUGGAUUGCCUUCUGCCCCUCUGCAUCCCCAAUUUCCUCCACCAGUUCAACAUUUGGCUCCAAGGCCUGGGCAGCCAGUUCAGAAUGUCCUUCCUCCUCCUCCUCCAGGGCCAUUGCCUAUUUCUCAGCAAAAUAAACCCAUGGCAUCUGAGUCACUACGACCUCAUCAGCCUAGUGGUCUUGUUUCGAAUAACUUCAUGCCUGCAGGGAGCGGCCUAAGAGCUCCUCUGUCAUCAUCAUACACAUUUGCUUCUCAUGGGGGACAGCAGCAAGGGAACUUUGUUUCUCCAAGGCCCCCUUCUCUCUACCAUCAAAUGUCUCAACCACAGGCUUCAGGAGUCCCAAGUGGGGAUCAAGUCAAUCUGCCAUCUGAAAGCCAGAACACUACCCCUGUGACUGGGUUGCCAGUUACCAGUGAGCAGCCUGCAGUUUCUGCUGCACUAGCACUUGAGUCAAGCGGUCAGCAUAACUCUUCUGAAGUUGUCCAAAGAAUUCAAACUGAUUGGAUAGAGCAUACAUCUCCUGCAGGAAGAAAAUAUUAUUACAACAAGAAGACAAAACAAUCUACAUGGCAGAAGCCCUUUGAGUUGAUGACGGUAACUGAGCGUGCAGAUGCUUCAACUGACUGGAAGGAAUUUACAAGUUCUGACGGAAGGACAUACUACUACAACAAGGCUACUAAGCAGUCUAAGUGGGAAAUGCCUGCUGAACUGAAGUUGGCUCGUGAGGAAGCAAAGAGAAAAUUGGCCCCAGGAACACAAUCAGAGUCUUUACCUUCCUCUUCUACCUCAUUGGUUCCAGUUAAUGAACCUGAUGGUGCAGAUAUAUCAUCUUCCACAUCUCAAGGACCUACAUCAAGCCCAGUUCCAGCAGCUCCUCUUAAUGCCUCUGGGGACACAGAGUCAGCAGUGGUUGCUGAAUCAGAAGAAAUAUCUGUCCCAGUGCCUACUUCAACGUUGGUGGCUGUUGUCUUGGAUACAUCCAUGGAUGAUGCUGAGCAAACUGUUGUUCAACAGAGCAAUGAAGUUGCUGCUGAUGCAAUUGAUGAUGGCACAACCCCAAUGAUUGAUUCCAAGAAGUCCACUAUUCAGGAUGUUCCCUGGUCAGCUGGAGUAUCUGUUCAAGACAAAGAAGCCAAGAAUAUUGAAGUGAGUGCUGAAGGGGCAGAGACACUUGUUGAAGAGAAAUUAACUAAUAGUGAACCAUCACCUUAUGCCACUAAGCUGGAAGCUAAAGCUGCAUUUAAUGCACUUCUGGAGAAUGCAAAUAUUGGUUCUGACUGGACUUGGGAGCGGGCAAUGAGAAUAAUAAUAAAUGAUAAAAGGUAUGGUGCUUUAAAAACACUCGGAGAGAGGAAGGAAGCAUUCAAUGAGUUUGUUGGUCAAAGGAAAAAGCAGGAUGCUGAGGGUAGACGCUUUCAACAGAAAAAAGCUAGGGAUAAUUUUAAGCAAAUGUUAGAAGAAUGCAGAGAGCUGACAUCUUCUUCAAGAUGGAGCAAAGUAGUGACAUUGUUUGAAGAAGAUGAACGUUUCAAAGCUAUUGAAAGAGACAAAGACCGGAAGGAUAUAUUUGAGAGCUUCAUAGUUGAGCUGGAAAAGAAGGAGAGGGAGAGAUCUUUGGAGGAGCGGAAGAAAAAUAUGAGGGAAUACAGGCAGUUCUUGGAGUCUUGCGAUUUUAUUAAGGCAAGCAGUCAGUGGCGCAAACUACAAGAUCGCUUGGAGGCUGAUGAGAGAUGUUCACGCCUGGAAAAGAUGGAUCGGUUAGAGAUAUUCCAGGAUUAUCUGCAUGAUCUAGAGAAAGAAGAGGAGGAGCAGAGGAAGAUACAGAAGGAGGAAAUGAGAAAGGCAGAACGCAAAAACCGUGAUGAAUUCCGCAAAUUGAUGGAAGAACAUGUUGCUGCUGGCACUCUUACUGCUAAGACUCUUUGGCGUGAUUACUACAUGAUGGUUAAAGAUUUGCCAGCAUAUAUGGCAGUUGCGUCAAAUACGGCAGGUUCAACGCCAAAAGAUUUGUUUGAAGAUGUUGCCGAGGAACUACAGAAACAGUAUGAGGAGGAUAAAUCUCAAGUAGAUGAUGCAGUAAAAAUUAGAAAGAUCUCCUUAACAUCAACCUGGACUGUUGAAGGCCUGAAAGCAUCCAUUGCAGAUGAUAUUCGUGGCACACCCAUAUCAGAUAUUAAUUUUAAAUUAGUGUUCGAUGACUUGCUGGAAAGAGCCCGGAAGAAAGAAGAGAGAGUUGUUAAAAAGCGUAAACGACUGGGUGAUAAGUUCUUCGAUUUACUUACCACUAUAAGGGAAAUAACUCCAUCUUCAACAUGGGAUGAGUGCAAACAAUUGGUUGAAAAUAGUCAUGAGUACAGUUCAAUUGGUGAUGAUAUAUAUUGUCAGGACAUUUUUGAAGAGUACAUAACAAAAUUGAAGGAUCACGAAACAAGAAAACACAAGGAGGAAAAGGCAGAAAGGGAAAAGAAGAAGCGGGGAAAAGAAGGGAAAAGAGGGAAAGAUAGGAGAGAAAAAGAUAGGUAUGAUAGAGAGGAGGAGGAAUCGAGGGACAAUGGAGCAGACAGUGACCGAGAAAUUUUGUCUGAGACUCGUGCAUCUUAUAAGAAGAAAAAAUCAGGUGAAGAUCGUGAAAGAAAGCGACACAGGCAUAUUCAUAGAACAUCAGAUUGUAUGGACAUUGCUGAGGCAGAGCAUUCUGAAAAAUAUCACAGACACAAUGGUGACCAUAAGAAGGCCACACAGCAUGAAUCCACUCCAGAGUCUGACAGUGAAAGCCGCCAUAGGAGACACAAGAGAGAUCGCAGAAAUGGUUCUCACAGAAGUGGUGGGUAUGAGGAGGAACUUGAAGAUGGGGAAUUUGGCGAAGAUGUAAAAAAGUAGUAGUUUGGCUCUGUUCAUUUUUGAGCUGCUGUGAACCUUUAUAAGCUCCCUGCGAAGUCCUGCUGAGUCAGUUAGUCAUCAUAUCACUUUUCAUAUAGAGAAAAGGAGCUGUUUUGUAUGUGUUUUCGGCUCCUUUAAAUGCGCGCAUAUCUUCUAUUUUCUUUAAUUUAUUUUUGGGUUUCCAUACAUCUGGCCUGGGUGGGUUUACUGCAUAUUAGGAAAAUGUCAUUUGGUACUGAUGAGGUUUCACUGAAGCGUGUUGUUGUUGGUGCUUUGGGAUGUUUAGAAACUAGCAAUUCUUGAUGGCAUUUUUUGCUCUGUUUCUUGGCAAGAUGACACCAACCCGUUUGAUCUCUGGGCUAGAGAAUUUUGAACUGGCAUUGAGGACUCUUGUAGAAAACCAAUAUCUUCUGUAUGUGAAGGAACGAUAAGUGGAGAGAAUUAUUGACCAUUGCAGAAGGCAUUGUUGGAUAUGUUUUAACAA